UCAGGAAAGGAGACAGAGGUGCAGACAACUACUGCCUUAUCUGACAUUAGUUCAACAACCCCUUGGCCACAAAACAGAGGAGUCAGCCAUUCUUCUAAGGGAAAUGAAGAAUUGCAUAAAAGAUCACAGGAAGCUGAAGCAACAGCAGUUUACACAACCUUUACUGUCUCUGAAGAGCAGCAGUGUUCUGAAGCCACUUGCAGGUGUCGCGCUGAGAGAGUAUAAAAAUGUGGAGAAAAGCUUUGUGAAACAUAAUUUCAGAUACCCUCACAAGGUGCAACGUAAUGCAGCCCCUGAACAUAUCGUGCAAGAGAAACCUAUAGUUCACAGGAUAACUGUUGAUCUUCGACCUGUUUUGCGGGAGGCCUUUGACCUAUGUGAAGAAGAUGUUUCAGACAUAGAGAAUGAAUCCAAUUCAAUUCCUACACCAGCACCUUCAGAUCAAGGACUGAACAGAGAACUGUAUUCACAGUCGACAUCACAAAUUUCAGAGCAGGAUUUACAAAGAGAAAAAAGCCCAUCAGGACUUAUAGAGCAAGGAUUGAAAAGAAGAUAUGUCAGUCUUGAAGAAAAGUCUCUAAUUCAAAGGAAUCUGAAGCCAAUCAGCUUCUCUCUCCCAUCAUUACAGAACUGUGAAAGCCAUGAGGAGAAAUCGAAACUUGCACAAAAGGGUCAACAGAGGGUAAACUUGGUGGAAAUAACAAAUACGGGAACACUUACUUUUGAUAAGAAAGAGCAAUUCACUAUCACUUCUCCAGUAUCCUUUCCUAAGAUCAUACUAAAAGAAUUUCCUUCACAAAAGAUGUCUAAAGAACAAAGACCUUCAUUCAAUGAGAACACAUCAUGGCUGGGGCUAGAAAAAAUGCAACUUCCAAUAUCGGAACUGGUGAAGGUUAUUAAAGAGCAGACAAACAGUGAACAACACACACUCAUCACCAAAGUGCUUUGCUCUCUGCGAGAAAAACACGAUAUAACUUAUGCAUGUAUUCACUGCAGAGAGAAAGACUCAUUGCAACAUGUUGGAGUACUUGGAAGAAUGUAUAAGGAAACCUCCCAGAAAAUUCCACAAAUACCAUGUGGAGGUGGAGAGAUCAGACUAACCUGGAUUAAGAGAAAUUGAAGAGCUCUUCUAUAGCAGGAAUAAUUGAAGAUUAUAAAUGGCGUAGAAAAUAGUCCAUGUUACAGGAAUAGGAUACUGUGGGACUGUUACAGCUUUUUCUAUACUUCUCAGAUUUUAUUCAGAGCACUUGUUCUUUUUUAUUUUAGUAAAUUGUUUUAAAUAAGUUUAUUUUUUGUAUUGGUAAGUUUUUAAUGACUAACAAAAACAAAAAAAAACCUAUGGCUAGUGUGAGUAAUAUACAGUGAAUAAAACCCACAAACAUGGAGAUCACAGCUAAUGCUCUUUUCACACCAUAUGGCAAAUGUACCCAUAGACCUGAAUCACCCGAAAAAAAGUCAGAAAAGUGUCAUUUGGACUCGUGGGGUUUGUUAUUUUCUGCUUGAUGCAAUAGCACAGACCUCUGCAUUAAUCCAUGGAGAAGGACCUUGUUUAAAAA